UAUCCAUAUUACCUCCAUCAAUCUUGUGAACCAUCUUCUUCAUCUAAAUACACAUCCACAUACUUCAUGCCAGCAAAGAUGACUCUGACUAUCGCGUGCUUCCCUAAGGAGGUACCGACCUUUGACAGUGUGCUGAAUGACAGGGCACCUUAUCCAUACAGUCUAAAAUCCUUCAGGGAUUACGUAUCACAAAACCAUUGUUCCGAACCCCUGGAAUUUCUGGAAGAGCUUAAACGAUACAAACAAAGAUAUCGCUCUGCUCUUGGCCUGGAUAGCCCGCGUCGCCCCUCACGUCCAUCAUUAACACCCCAACUGCUCCUGACCUGGAGAAAUAUAUUAUCUGUUUAUAUCCUGCCCGGGUCAUCACACGAGCUUAAUCUGUCGAGUGAGGAGCGAAAUUCCCUGCUUCGAUAUAACGACACCUCGUUUCCACCAGCGCCCUGUUUGAUCGAGGAAGCAGUUACACGCAUAUCUCAGUCAUUCGAAUCUUCUAUAUUUCUUCCAUACCUUACCAGUCGGGCGUUACUACUUCAUACAAUAUCUUCUGAGGAUCAUCUCGACGAGGACAAUGCGGGCAUGAUCUAUGAUAAGUUGCCACUAUCGACAACGGGAUCCGAUAUGACGGAUAGUUCAUCAGAAAUAAUAGGCGCAACAACCCACAUGGAUGAGAAAAGUUGGAGAGAGAGCAAGAGUGUGGUUUUCAAGAGAGUACUAUCCUUUCUCGCCCAGCCAGCUAAAUCCUUUCGAGCAUAUCAAAGGUCCUCUCGAAUUUCUUCUGGGAAUAUGGACAGACGAUCCACACUCUGAGUGCUGUGUUUAUGACCUUCUACUUCUCUGUACAUAUUUAAUGAGCAUCAUGAUGCAUCACGAAUAGACUGCUAAG